AUGGAAUCAUCAGCCAUAACCAAGACGAGCCUACUGAACGGCGACGAUCCUAAGACCAAGACAGAGUCAACAGAGUUCGAGAAGAAUCAGAAACGCUACCAAGACCUAAUCGCCACGUUUCCUCACGAGAAAGGCUGGCGACCUAAAGCUCCCCUUAUUGAGUACGGUGGCCACUGGUCUGUACAGCUUCUCCUUGAAGGUUCCCUAUACGCGCAAGAGUUCUUCCAAGCACGACCCACUGACUUCUUCAUCUGCACCCUCCCAAAGACAGGUACCACUUGGCUCAAAGCUCUCACUUUCACCAUCGCCAAUCGAUCUCGCUUUAACCAUUCCACAAACCUUCUCUUAAAACAUAACCCUCAUGAGCUUGUUCCUUUCAUUGAGAUAGAUUUUGCUUUCUUCCCUAAUACUGAUGUUCUAAAAAACAAAGGGAACACUCUCUUUUCGACUCAUCUCGCGCAUGGAUUAUUACCUGAGUCGAUUUCGAAAUCUGGUUGUAAGAUGGUUUACAUUUGGAGAGACCCAAAGGACACUUUCAUUUCCAUGUGGACUUUCUAUCAAAAGCAGAAGACAGACUAUGGUCCUCUCAAUAGUCUUGAGGAGUCUUUUGAUAUGUUUUGUCGUGGUCGUUCUGGCUAUGGUCCCUUUCUAGAUCAUGUCUUGUCGUAUUGGAAAGCUUACCAAGAAAAUCCUGAAAAUAUAUUAUUCCUCAAGUAUGAGACGAUGAGAGUUGAUCCUUUGCCGUAUGUGAAAAGAUUGGCUGAGUUUAUGGGUUAUGGAUUCACAACUGAGGAAGAGAAGAAAGGGGUUAUUGAGAAAGUUGUGAACCUUUGCAGUUUCGAGACGUUGAAGAAUCUUGAACCAAACAAAGGGGAGAAAACUAGAGAAGACAGUCCUUCUUUUUAUGCGAAUAGUGCGUAUUUCAGGAAGGGAAAGGUCGGAGAUUGGCAGAACUACCUGACUCAAGAGAUGGCAGCUAGAAUCGAUGGAUUGAUGGAAGAGAAAUUCAAGGGUACCAGUUUGCUUGAACAUGAUGGUAAGUAA